CGUUCUGACUACCAUGGGCUUCGUAUUGGCAGUCGCGGCUUGUGUUGCCGUUCUAGUUAUCGCACUUCCUUGUUACACAAAUGGUGCUUGUCCAACUAUAAUCACUAGAGAGGAAUGGAAUGCCACUGAUCCGAAAAUUAAAGAAAAUCUAAAAGAAGAUCCCCCACCAUAUGUAGUAGUGCAUCACUCAGUAACCAAUACAUGCAAAACUACAGCUGACUGCAAAGCUCUUAUGAGAAGUGUACAAGACUAUCACAUGAAUACUAAUGAUUGGGAAGAUAUAGGUUACAAUUUUUUGAUUGGUAACGAUGGCAAUAUCUACGAAGGCAGAGGCUGGGGCAUACAUGGAGCUCACGCAAUUCCUUACAAUAGUAGAAGUCUUGGAAUUUGUUUAAUAGGAAAUUUUGAGGAUAAUAAACCACAAAACAACCAACUUAAAGCAUUAAAAAAAUUGAUUGAAUGUAGUGUAGAGGAAAACAAACUUACAACUGAUUAUCGUUUGAUCGGCCAUAGUCAGGCUACAGCGACGCUAUGUCCUGGAAAAUACUUGUUUGAGGAAAUCAAGACGUGGAGUCAUUUUGAUAAUAAUCCAGAGUAAUGAAGCAAGUAGGAAGUGUCUUGUUUUGACAUUUAUUUGUACAUAUCUAGAAUUUAAGCAUAAGGGUGAUCGAAAAAUUGUAUAACAAACUCUAUAGUGGCGCCUAGAAAACGAAAAAAGUAAAUGUUUCUAGAAAUGGUAUGGAUUAAAAUACUACCAAGUGAGUUUGUUACUCAAAUUUCAAAUCGCUCUGUAUAAGUUCACCAAAUGUAACGUUAUUAAUAAAAUUAUAUAAAACAAUAUUGCUUAAAGGCGAGUUUCUAAAUUUUCUAUAGUAACAGAUAAAUCUGGUUUUUGGAAUUUAAAACCGUUUAUGAUGAUUAUUAUCAAUGUUACCAAAACCUUAUUAUUACCUUGAAAAAAUAAAUAAAUCUGGCAUUUCCAACAUUUUUUAAACAAUGAGAAGCUAAAAAUAACGUGAAACUAUUCUAUUUUUAAAAACGAUUGUUGAUAAAAAAACGGAAAAGUAUUAGUGAUAAUAUAUUAUGCUAGAAUAGAUAACACGAAACAACUAACAUAAAAUAAUAUAGAAAUAAAAUCAUAAGGCAUGUUAAUAAUAAUUUUCCUUAAUAACCCAUAUUAAAAAACUGGCAGUAUUGUUAUUUUUUCGUUUGAAACUAAAUCUUUUAAUUUUUCAAAACAUGUAUUCAUGUUGACAAAAUGUUGUAUUUUAUUGUCAUCAAAACCAACACAUACUUCAUUAUAAGGAAAAAAUAACAUACUCUCCAGCAUAUUCAAAUAGGUGUAGACAAUUUUUUCUAUUAAAGUGAAGUAUAAGAAAGAUCUUUAAUUUUAGUAAUGAUCUCAUUAAGAGGCUACAUUUUACAGAUAAUAAUCUAUAAAUAUCUAUAAUAAAUUGUAGAGAUGUAUAGAUAUGUUAGCAUAAUAAUUAACUGAAUUGAUUUAUUCUCCCAUAUGCUGUUGUUCUGUACAGUUAAAAACUGAAAAUAAAGAAUGCAAUUAUUUAUUUCAAGGAUAAA